UGAGGAGGCGCGGGCCGCCGCAGGCUGGGACGCUGCAGUGCGCCGUCCGGAGCCCCUGGACGAGGCCCAGGGAGCCGCUCGCCCAGACCCCGCCGCCCGAUGUCCUCAAGAUGGAGGUAGGGGGGAGGGCGCCGUGAAGAAAGCCGCGCUGUGGGCGCGGGGGCCAGGGCGCGGGCGCUCCGGGCGGAGGCGGUGGCGGGAUGGGGCUGCUGCUUAUGAUCCUGGCGUCCGCCGUGCUGGGCUCCUUACUCACGCUGCUCACCCAGUUCCUGCUGCUUUACCGCAAACAGCCCGAGCCGCCGCCGGACGAGGCCGCCCGCGCGGCCGACGGCUUCCGCUACAUCAAGCCGGUGCCGGACCUGGCCCUGAGAGAGUACCUUUAUGGCGGCGGCGGGGCUGAGGAGCCCUCCGGCGGGCCACCCGAGGGCGGCCCGACUCCGGCCCCCGAGACCCCCGCCCCGCCGACGCGGGAGACCUGCUACUUCCUAAACGCCACCAUCCUGUUCCUGUUCCGGGAGCUGCGGGACACCGCGCUGGCCCGCCGCUGGGUCACCAAGAAGAUCAAGGUGGAGUUCGAGGAGCUGCUGCAGACCAAGACGGCCGGGCGCCUGCUGGAGGGGCUGAGCCUGCGGGACGUGUUCCUGGGCGAGGCCGUGCCCUUCAUCAAGACCAUCCGGCUCCUCCGGCCCGUGGUGCCCUCGGCCACCGGGGAGCCCGACGUUCCUGAGGGGGAGGCGCUGCCCGCCACCUCCCCCGAGGAGCUGGCCUUCGAGGCGGAGGUGGAGUACAGCGGGGGCUUCCACCUGGCCAUCGACGUGGACUUGGUCUUCGGCAAGUCCGCCUACCUGUUCGUCAAGCUGUCCCGGGUGGUGGGGAGGCUGCGCUUCGUCCUCACCCGCGUGCCCUUCACCCACUGGUUCUUCUCCUUCGUGGAGGACCCGCUGAUCGACUUCGAGGUGCGCUCCCAGUUCGAAGGGCGGCCCAUGCCGCAGCUGACCUCCAUCAUCGUCAACCAGCUCAAGAAAGUCAUCAAGCGCAAGCACACCCUCCCGAGUUACAAGAUCAGGUUUAAGCCGUUUUUCCCAUUCCAAACCUUGCAAGGAUUCGAAGAAGAUGAUGAAGAGCAUAUCCAUAUACAACAAUGGGCACUUACGGAAGGCCGCCUUAAAGUUACAUUGUUAGAAUGUAGCAGGUUACUUAUUUUUGGAUCCUAUGACAGAGAGGCAAAUAUUCAUUGCACACUUGAGCUGAGCAGUGGCCUUUGGGAAGAAAAACAAAGGAGUUCUAUUAAGACGGUUGAAUUAAUAAAGGGGAAUUUACAAAGUGUCGGACUUACACUUCGUCUUGUCCAGUCAACUGACGGGUAUGCUGGGCACGUCAUAAUUGAGACCGUGGCCCCAAACUCGCCUGCUGCAAUUGCUGAUCUUCAGCGGGGAGAUCGACUGAUUGCUAUUGGAGGUGUGAAAAUCACAUCUACACUGCAAGUGUUGAAGCUUAUCAAGCAGGCUGGUGACCGAGUCCUGGUAUAUUAUGAAAGGCCUGUUGGCCAGAGUAACCAGGGUGCAGUGCUGCAAGAUAACUUUGGACAGUUGGAAGACAACUUUCUGAUAGGCCCAUGCCAACCAAACUAUGAAGAGGAAACAAGUGGGUUGGCAGUAGAUGCUGAAAACAGAGACCUGGAUUCUGAAUUUGAAGACUUAGCAAGUGAUGUGAGAGCACAAACUGAGGUCAAGGAUGAGGCACAGUCAUUAAGUCACAGUCCCAAACGUACUCCAACAACACUUUCUGUUAAACCCCUUGGAACUAUAUCACCAGUUUUAAACCGUAAAUCAGUUGUAGGAAGUUACCCACCACCCCCAAAACUUCCAUCCAAAGAAGAAAAUAAGCCCUUGGCCCUAAAAUCUUCUGAGAUAACAGAACCAGCACAAGUGUCAAAACCCACCCAAGGAUCCACUUUCAAACCACCUGUGCCACCACGACCACAAGUCAAAGUUCCUUUACCUUCUGCUGAUGCCCCAAAUCAGGCAGAACCAGAUAUUCUCGUUGAAAAGCCAGAGAAGGUGCUGCCACCGCCUGCUGCAGAUAAACCUGCUGAAAAGCAAGCGAAAAAUCUGGAUCACGUCGAAGAAGCAGCUACAGCUAAGCAGCUUCCAGCAAAGCAAGAAGUGGCAAAAGAUUUGACUUCAGAAAGUUCCUGCACUCCUAAGGACAGUUCAGAUGACCAUCAAACGUGGGAGUCAUCAGAAAUUCUUUAUCGUAAUAAGCUCGGAAAAUGGACAAGAACCAGAGCCAGCUGUCUCUUUGACAUAGAAGCCUGCCACAGGUACUUAAACAUCGCACUGUGGUGCAGGGAUCCUUUCAAAUUAGGGGGUCUCAUCUGUUUGGGGCAUGUCAGCUUAAAACUUGAAGAGGUGGCUUUAGGAUGCUUAGCUACAUCGAACAUGGAAUACCUUUCCAAAUUCAGACUGGAAGCCCCAUCACCUAAGGCCAUGGUCACGAGAACCGCGCUACGUAAUCUGAGUAUGCAGAAGGGGUUCAAUGACAAAUUUUGUUUCGGUGAUAUUACUGUUCACUUCAAAUAUCUGAAAGAAGGAGAGCCAGACCACCAUGUAGUUACUAACUUAGAGAAAGAAAAAGAACUCCAUUUGGUCGAAGAGGUUUCUGCCCUUCCUAAAGAGGAGCACUUUGUUGGACAGAUGGGUUUAACAGAAAAUAAACAUAGUUUCCAGGAUACUCAGUUCCAGAACCCAACUUGGUGUGAUUACUGUAAGAAAAAAGUUUGGACUAAAGCUGCUUCCCAGUGUAUGUUCUGUGCUUAUGUUUGCCAUAAAAAAUGUCAGGAAAAGUGUCUAGCCGAGACUCCUCUUUGUGGAGCAACUGAUCAACGGAUAGACCGGGCCCUGAAAAAUCUCAGGCUGGAAGGACAAGAAGCCCUCUUAGGCCUGCCCCCUCGUGUUGAUGCUGAAGCUGGGAAGUCAGUCAACAGAAUGACAGGUUUGACAAGACAUAUUAUCAAUACGAGCUCUCGUUUGUUAAAUCUGCGUCAAGUCUCUAAAACUCGCCUUUCUGAGCCAGGGACUGAUCUAGUAGAACCUUCACCAAAACACACACCCAACACAUCAGACAACGAAGGCAGUGACACAGAGAUCUGUGGCCCAAACAGCCCUUCUAAACAGGGCAACAACACAGGAAUAAAAUUAGUGAGAAAGGAGGGUGGUCUGGAUGACAGCGUUUUCAUUGCAGUUAAAGAAAUUGGUCGUGAUCUGUACAGGGGGUUGCCUACAGAGGAGAGGAUCCAGAAACUAGAGUUCAUGCUAGAUAAACUGCAGAAUGAAAUUGAUCAGGAGUUGGAACAUAAUAAUUCCCUUGUUAGAGAAGAAAAAGAGACAACCGAUACGAGGAAAAAAUCACUUCUUUCUGCUGCUUUGGCUAAAUCAGGUGAAAGACUGCAAGCUCUAACACUUCUUAUGAUCCACUACAGAGCAGGCAUUGAAGAUAUUGAAUCUUUAGAAAGUCUGUCCUUAGACCAGCACUCCAAAAAAAUAAGCAAGUACACAGAUGAUACAGAAGAAGACCUUGAUAGUGAAAUAACCCAACUAAUAGACUCUCAGCCAUUCAGUAGCAUAUCAGAUGACUUAUUUGGCCCAUCUGAGUCUGUGUAACAGUCUGUUUAAACUUUCUAGUGAUUGAGGAAAAGUUGCAUCUAAAGUACCACAGAUACAACCACAUUUAAACCCUCUUAUUAUGCACUUUGGCCUGCUUCUUCACAGUUAUUUGCUUGUGUAAGAGCUAGAGUGGGAAAGGUGGUUUUCCAGCAAAAACAUGAUCAGCUCACUAAAUUGGUUGUUUCAGAUUGCAUUUAUAGCUAUGCUUUUUGGGUUUAUACUGGGAAUUUAUUUUUACUAAUUUAUUUUUAACUUUUUCUAAUUAUGUAAUUAUGUAAGCUUUUUGUGUUUAUGUAGGUGUGAUGUCUCAUUGUGGUUUUUUUUCCUUCCUCUUCCUAGUUUUUGAAUUAGUGUUAAAUAGGAUACUGUCCAGAUUCUUGAAAUAUUUUCAUUUCCAUCACAGUUAUAACAACAAAUUUGCUGCAUGCCCAAAUUGACAACAGCAAUCAUUGAGGGAACAGGUUUUGAAUCGUACUUUGUGUUAUGAAGUUUGUCAUAUCUACUUGCUUGAGAUUUUUGUUAUUUUGGCGUUUGGGGGAGUGCUUUUUGUUUUGAUUUUGCCAAAUGUAACAUGAAAGCCACAGCUUUAGUUAGUUAUGCUGAUUUAGUAAAAAAAAAAAAGUUUUACAUAUAUUGCUUGUUUUUUAUGCUUUUGUGAAAUUUUUUUCUAAAGCUUAUGUGCAGUUUAAGUAUAGUGAGAAUAUAGUGAUUAAUUUGAAGAGCUUGCAUUGAAAAACAAAAUGCAACAGGGAAUAAAUACAGAAUGCAGUUGGUCAAGAAUUUUGAGAGGAUGACCAGAUUACUAAAACAAACAAAAAACAGUAACCAGCAGGAUUUUGAAAUACAAUCUUUCAAAAUGUUGACACUUGCCUUUCAAAUGGAAGUACUAAACAUUUAUGAUUAUUUUUCAUCUUCAGUUCUCCCAUAGGAAAUAAAGCAUGUAGAUAUCUGAAGUUUCAGAGGACUGUUCUUAAAAUGCCCUUGUUGAUAUCUGGUUUGGCUGUUUUGUUUUAGAAAAAUAGUCAUGCAUGAGAAUGCUGUAAGGGAGAGGAAUCAUGCAGAAUAGAUUUAUUGCUUUGUCUGACAUCCUACAGGCUUAUCCUAUGUAUCAUCUUACAGGCUGAUCAUUCUGAAUGCUUCUGUAGUUCAGACUGUCUUAUUAAAAAAAGAAAAUUACACAGCGUCAA